ACUGCACAAUUGUUGUUGUUGUUCACUUUAUCUGUGCUCAUGUUAACUUUCUGAUCAGUAAUUGAUAAUGCUAUGUGCCUGUUGUAGAUCAUCACCAGAUCUUGUUGUAUUUUGAUAUAAAUAAAUUGAAAAGUUUAUUUUCAAGGUUUGCUAGAUUAUAUCUAGGGUUUAUCUCUAAGGGGUUUUGGAUGAUGAUGAUGUUGUUAUGAAGAACAUGUUGUUCUUUGAUGCUGUACCAUAGGUGUUGCUUCUUUAAGUGAUGAUCAAACAGAUCCUUAACAGGAUACCGUCACGGAAGACACAUAAACGAGAUGGAGGAAACCGUAAUUCUUCUUCGGAUACAACUGCCGCUUCAAAAGGCAACAGUAAUAGCUUGAAUCCUACAUCUGGUCAUGGUCAAAGUUCAAAAGGCAACGAUGAUGUAGGACUUAAUCGAUCGAAUAGUUCGAAUCCUACAUCUGGUCAUGGUCAAAUUCAUUAUCCUGGUUCAGAUACUGGGACCGCCGAUAAGCUUUAUAAUGCCUUAAAUACAAAUGUGAACCGCAAUAAGGUGGUUUCCAGUUCCACUACAAAUGAGGCUUUACCUAGGCUCAAAGACGUUCCAAAUUCCGAAAAAGAAAACUUGUUUAUCAGAAAAUUGAGUAUGUGUUGUGUUGUGUGUGACUUCACUGACCCGACAAAGAGUUUGAAAGAAAAGGAGGUCAAAAGACAGAUUUUGGUUGAACUUGUGGACUAUGUGCCUUCUGCAAAUGGUAAAUUUUCGGAAACCGUUAUGCAAGAAGUAGUUAAGAUGGUGUCUGCAAACAUAUUUAGAAGACUCACACCGCAACCUCGUGAUAACAAAAUGUUGGAAACUUUUGACGGUGAAGAAGAAGAGCACUCCAUGGACCCCGCAUGGCCUCAUUUAGGAUUAGUGUACGAAUUUCUUCUAAGAUUCGUACAUUCAUCAGGAACAGAUGCUAAAGUGGCAAAAAGGUAUAUCGACCAUGGUUUUAUUAUACGGUUGUUAGAUUUAUUUGACUCUGAAGAUCCAAGAGAACGUGAGUUUUUGAAAUUUGUACUUCAUCGUACGUAUGGAAAGUUUAUGGUGCACAGACCGUUUAUUAGAAAAGCAAUCAACAAUAUUUUGUUUCGGUUCCUUUUCGAAACCGAAAAGCAUAACGGAAUUGCAGAGCUGUUAGAAAUUUUAGGCAGCAUUAUCAACGGUUUUGCUUUGCCAUUGAAGGAAGAACACAAGCUGUUUCUUGUUAGGGCGUUAAUACCACUUCACAAGCCUAAAUGCAUGCCGGUGUACCAUCAGCAGAUAUCUUACUGCAUCACUCAGUUUGUUGAAAAAGACUGUAAACUUGCGGACACUGUUAUUAGAGGUUUAUUGAAGUAUUGGCCGGUUACAAACAGCUCAAAAGAGGUUAUGUUCUUGAGUGAGCUUGAGGAAGUUCUAGAAUCAACUCAGCCUCCUGAGUUUCGAAGAUGUAUGGUGCCUUUGUUUCGCCAGAUUUCGCAUUGCUUGAGCAGUUCACACUUUCAGGUGGCUGAAAGAGCAUUUUUGCUGUGGAACAAUGAUCAUAUCGAAAACCUAAUAAAGCAAAACUGCAAAGUAAUCCUGCCAAUUAUAUUCCCUGCUUUGGAAAGAAACACAAUAAGCCACUGGAAUCAAGCGGUCCGAAGUUUGACUUCAAAUGUAAGGAAAAUCUUCUCAGAUGCUGACCCGGAACUCUUUGAAGAAUGCUUGAUGAAGUUCCAAGAAGACGAAUCUAAAAAGGAAGAAACCAAAUCUAAACGCGAAGACGUCUGGAAACGUCUAGAAGAAAUUGCUGAAGAUAGAUCUGGUUUUGGUGCCACCAAUCAACCACCCAUGCUACUUCUUAACAAGGUAAUUGGUGGCUAAAAAACCAUUUCGAAAACCCGUUUUGUCGGUUUUUUUAAAUGUAUGGUUUGGAUGCCAAGAAUGUGUAUAUGCAUACCUCUUGUCUAUAUCUAUAUAUAUUUGGAAUGUGGUGGUGUCUAGAGAUUGAAUUUGGCCAUUCUGUUACAAGAAAGAGCUUCAAUUAUAUUCAGGCAUUUGUUUUUAUAUAUCUUUUUGGAUUUACACUA